ACUACAACAUGGGUUACUGGCAUUCGAUUUGAACCAGAGAAGGACCAUGGAACAGCCUGGUCCUGCUGCAGAUAUGAUGGAAGGAUCAGAAGGCAAAUCUGCGUCAGAGGGAUCAUGCCAAGUGAAUCAGCUUCACAACAGCACGCCCAACAUAGAAGAGGAGGAACGAGUCUCUCACAACAGUGAACAUGAGGCAGGAAUCUGCAGUCAAGCAAAUGAUGAAUUACAGCUUGACAGUGAAUUAAUCAAGAGUAUAACUGAUGAUGAGAUGGACGUAAAGCAGGAAACAUGCAGUCAGGAGCAUCUAGACGAGGAGGAGGAGGCUGCUGAUGCCUCUACAGAAAGUGAGAGACCUCUACUUAGUCUUUCAAAUGAGACUGAUGGUGCUUUGGAAACCCCAGUAAACACCCUGGAUGUAGUAGAAAGCUCUCCUUCUGUUCUUGAAGGGACAACAGACGCCAUAUUGACUUUUGAUGCCACCCUUGCAAACAAUACGGAGCAGCCAUCACUCUUAGUCACUAAUUGUUCCACAGAGCCAUCACCUGUUGACGAGAGCGGUUCAGCCGAGAGCCCGUCAUCCUCUUCUGGCCUGAGCACUUCGAAAAACUCACCCACUGAAUCAACGACCACCUCCGGGAUCUUUAAUGGCCCCUCUACCCCGAGCUCUGACACUGUCAGCUCCUCCCUUGCUUCCAGCCCGCAAACCAGUGCCAACAACUCAGUCCCUUUGCACUCCUCGUCAAGUCCUUAUGACACUGAUUGCAGCCGAAAGCUUAUUUCCCAGAUUCAGCGCUCACUGUCACAGGAGUCGCUGCUGGAUGAGCUUGAGUCAGAGCUAUUGUCCUGUCAGCUGCCUGAGGGAGAAAGCGGAGGUGAGAGAAAAGGGAGCCCACCUGUCAACGGACUCCCCACAGACCAGGAGGGCUGCAUGGUGGUUUUUGAGAAAUGUGUGCAGUACAAGUACGCACAACAGGAGAAAGCGAUUCAGAGGUUGCUUGAGGAGAACAAGAGACAUCAGGAGCUGAUCCUGGGUAUCUGUUCAGAGAAAGACAACAUGAAGGUAGAGCUGAAAAAGAGGGCAGAAACAGAAAAGCAGCACAUGGCCACCAUUAAAAAGUUGGAGGGCAGGGUGGAGGAGCUGCUGAAAGAAGUGAAGGAGUCGCGGGAUAAACUCAUUCACCAGGAUCAGGCAGCUAAGGCUGCCCUGCAGCACAUGCAGAAGGAAACGACUUACCGACUAGAACAGGUGAACAAGAAGUGUGAUGAGGCACGCCAAGAGAAGGAGGCCAUGGUGAUGAAAUACGUGCGGGGGGAGAAAGAGGCGCUCGACCUGAGGCGGGACAAAGAGAGUUUGGAAAAGAGGCUGAGGGAGGCGAGCAAGGAGGUGGAUCGGCAGGCCCUCCGAGGAAACCAGCUGGCUCAGGAAAAGGGCCGGCUGCAGCAGCUGUAUGAUGCCAAGGAAGGAGAGGUUGGCAGGUUCACUCGGGAGGUGGAGAAGCUGAAGGAGGAGAUCAACUCGCAUCUUAUCAAGGUCAAAUGGGCCCAGAACAAACUGAAGAGUGAGGCAGAUGCACACAAGGAAACGAAAGACAAACUGAGGGAGACCACAUCCAAGUUGGCCCAGGCCAAAGAAGAAACCGAACAGAUCCGGAAAAACUGCCAGGACAUGAUCAGAACAUACCAGGAAUCGGAGGAGCUCAAAUCAAACGAGCUGGAUGCUAAACUGAGAGAGACCAAAGGAGAGCUGGAGAAGAACAGGCAGGAGCAAACGGACCAAUUAGAGGUGCACCGAGUGAAAGCCAAAGAAUUGGAAGACCUGAAGAGGAGCUACAAAGAAAGCAUGGACGAGCUCGAGACUCUACGCACCAAGUUAAAGUGUCUGGAGGACGAGCGGCCGCGAUGGGAGGACGAGCUGAGCAAAUACAGAGAGAUCAUCAACCGGCAGAAAGCAGAGAUCGGGCGGCAGAGAGAGAAGCUGGAGGAGGUUACUGCACUCCAGGAGCAGCAUCAACGUGACGAACAGGAGCUCACAUCUCUUCGUGAAGAAGUGGAUGGCCUGACCAAUCAGAUGGCUGACCUGCAUCGCGACGUACAAGGCAGCAGGGAGCGUGAAGCCGAGUUACUGGGCUUCACCGAGAAGCUGAGCAGCAAGAACGCCCAGCUCCAGUCAGAGAGCAACGCGCUCCAAUCUCAGCUGGAUCAGCUCACCAGCAGAUUCACGGAGCACCAGGCAAAGCUGGAGGAGACCAACAGGCAACUAGAAGACAAGUCACGACAACUGAAACAGGAAGAGGUGCUGAGGCAGCAGGAGGUGCAGGGUCUGCAGGAGGAGCGAGCAGCACUGCAGGCAGAGGUGGCCCAGCUAAAAACCAGAGUAGACGAGCUGAGGGAUGAGCUGGUGACACAGAAAAGGAAACAGGCUGCAAACAUCAAGGAUCUCACGAAACAACUCACACAAGCACGUAAGAGACUGGAGCAGGUUGAAAAUGGAGGAUGUGAUCGGGAUGCCAGCAGCAUGGGCAGUCGCUCCAGUUCCUCAGGCUCUUUGAACGCACGCCACGGUGGGAGCGGCAGCGUUGAAGAGAGGUCGCCAGAGAGCCAAUCGGGUCCUUCGGUGGUGGUUGUGGACAGCUUCCCAGAGGUCGACAAGGCUGUGCUCGUGGAGCGAAUUGUCCGUCUGCAGAAGGCCCUGGCUCGGAAGCAGGAAAAAAUCGAGUUCAUGGAAGACCAUAUCAAGCAGCUGGUGGAAGAGAUCCGAAAAAAGACCAAAAUUAUCCAGAGCUAUGUGCUAAGAGAGGAGUCAGGGGCCCUCUCGUCAGAGGCGUCAGACAUUAACAAGGCCCACCUCAGCCGGCGGGGAGGCAUCAUGGCUUCGCUGUACACCUCCCACCCGGCGGACAGCGGGCUGACCCUGGACCUGUCGCUGGAGAUCAACCGGAAGCUGCAGGCUGUGCUGGAGGACACGCUGCUGAAAAACAUCACUCUGAAGGAGAACCUGCAGACGCUGGGGGCUGAGAUCGAACGGCUCAUCAAGCAGCAGAGGGAUCCCGAGGACGGGGUGAGGAGAAAGUGACCAGCAAAGAGAGAACAAAGGACCAACUCCAUGUGUCUCCGUUUGACAUCAACUCAUGUGAAGGAGCAAAACUGAAUGUUGUAAGUGCCAGCAGGGAUCUCAGGCUCACCGUGAUCUCUGGUUGUGUCCAUGUGGAGAAGACUUGAACUGUUCCGUCCACCUCCGUUUUUUUUUUUGUUUCGCCUCUAAAACAACAAAUCUUCCUCUGGAUCACUCCUCGUCUCCCCCCACCCCCCCCAGAGCACUUUGCCAAGAGAACUCCUCGGGCGGGCCAGUGGCUUCAAGCUUCAAACUCUGAUCUGCCUUGUAAAAAAAAAAAAAAGAAUCGACUGAGGAUGCCAUCGUUAUGAAUGUAUAGCAAAUUCUACCUGGAAAAUAGUUGAAAAAUGACUAAUUCUGAGUUGCCAGUGAAUUCAUCCUAUUAAAAAAAAGACGUCUUCUGGAGGCCUCGUCGCAGCAGCAGCGCUGUCCACCGUAGCGGAAGAUGAUCAUCGCCAGCAUGCUCGCUCCACUCUGCCAAUACGCCAAAUGUACUUUUGGGAAAACACUGCUUCUUCUUCUGCUUGACUAUUUCAAGCAAAAGCGAAAAACAAACAGAUCGGCUUGUGGGGGACCUUGAGUGCCACCUGUGCUAUUUUUCAUUAUUUUUUUUGCUCUUGUCCGAGCUGCUGAAGCAAGGUGCCUCACAUCAGCACCCAUCUGUGUGACACCGGUGCCAGACUUACGCAAGCAGGCUGCGACCUUUUGGCGGCGUUGUUCUGAAGCCAGAGGCACCGCGGAAGCAUCCCGAGCUGAAUAAAUCUAUGACAUCACACGAAGGUUGAAAUGUAGAGCUGGUCUUUAGUUUGGCUGAAUGUUUUUUUUAACUUAUUUUCUAAGUUGGCGUAAUAUAGAGUUUCUAUUUUAGUAUGUGAUUGGUUAUCCUUUUUUUUAUUAUUAUUAUCAUGUAUUUCACAGAAGAAAGCUUUCUCGUAGAAGAUUUUCUGUUAAUUUAAAAUAAUGAAUACCGCAAACAUUUGAGCCUUUUCCUUCCUUUUACUCCGUUGCAGCCACUUCAUUAGACGACUUAUCUUCAUCUUCCUCAAAGUGGUUCGUUUGCAUCAUUAGCAUUAGUUUCUGCACCGUGUCCGUGUGAUUUAGUGGAGAGAAGGCUGAAAUGUUCAGGUAUUCACUCUUCUUUAUUUUAUCAUUAUUUUUUUGUAUCACUUAGUCCAUUGAAAAUGGAAAUCAAGUGUAGAAGAAUCAAAGGGAGAACAGCAGAUGUGUAGCUGUAGCUCAGGAAAGCCAGUGGAACCUACAGAGAACUAUCCAGGGACAAAGUGCAAUGUUGUUCCUUUCCUUUUUAUUUGCUCGGUCUUCGGUCUGAACGUGUUUGUGUGCCAGUGUACUGUCCGUAUGUCUGCUGUUUUUUUUUUUAAUGCCUGUGUCCGUGCAACAUGCAUCUGUGUUUGAAUCUGUAAAACUGUGGCUGCAUGUGUGCCUUUUAAACCUAUCGAGCUUCAUGUUUACACCUCGUAUACCUGCUUCAGCUGUCAGGGCUUCUAGUUUUUUUUUUAUUUACCAGAUUGACCAUAGAGUUUGUUCCAUCCAGAGGGGUAAACACAGAUUUGCAUUUAGACCUGUCAGACACACACACACACACACUCUGUCCUGCAGCAGCUCUCAGCUAUACACUCUUACUGACAGCUGUUUAGUUUAUCACACACGCUCACCAACACUCCAGGAUGAGGGACGGAGAGCAGGCAACCGGCUCCAUUUCCACAAUACCCACGUCUCCUUUCACUUGAUUUGAUCUGAUUGCAGGAGCUGUCACAAAAGAUAAGCGUCCAUCUCUCGUUUUUUUUUUUUUUUUUCCCCCUCAGUCAGGCUUUUAUGGGUCAUGAAUGGUUACAGGCCGAUCCCUUCCCCGUACACCCCGAGGCUGUGUUGAAAACGGACCGCUACGUGAAUAAAGAUGAAAGUUUCCAGGAUGGAGGUCACAGAGUCCUUAAAGCCUCCCUGUUGCUGCAGCGAACGCUCUUGUCUUUGACGUAGCUCUACUUCAGUGUCAUCCAAACUGAUUUCCUUUGGAUCAGUAAUGUAAACAGGCAGCAAACCUGUAGAUCACCUCUGGUUUCUCUUUGUCGUUGCUAACCUUUCAGCAAAGGCAGCAACUCUAUGGCAUCACAGUAAGUUUUCUUUAGCCUGUAGAUUAUUACGACAUGAUUUAAUCUGGUUUGUUCUCGUGCAUUCUCAAUGAAAAAAAAAAAUCAGGUGCUUGCUGCUAAAUACGUGUUUUUGUUUGUUUCUGGUGCAGAAGUAAAACAACCUAUGCAAUAGCCUCGCAUGGGAUUUUCUGAUUACGCCCUCAUAAUUCUCUGAGGCACGCUAAUGCCUUCCUUCUGAUUUGGUCAACCCAAGAGGGACGAAGUACUCGCAAGAUUUUUUAUUUUUUUUCCCACAGACGAAGCCAUGCCGCAGCAUUGUGUGGACGAAUGAAUCGGACCUCGUGUCUCUCUAUAUGAAUAUGAAGAAGUGGUGUUCAGUACGUGCGAGUGUCGAUCUGUAAAAAUGAAACGAGAAGUUAUUUGUCUGUUGUUUUCCUGCUGUGCAAUGAUUCCCUUUGUCCUGUUUUUUUUUUUUGUGGAAUAUUCAAACUGUGAUUAUAAUAUACAUUUGUAGAUAUGCCGCCAUUCUGUAAAGUUAUGAUGAGAUGUUUUUAAAAAAAACAAACAAAACAAAUACUGAUUCUGGAUGAUGUUUGUACAUAUGUAUGGUGUUUCCGAGGAAUAAAAUGAGAUGAGUCUUAACUUGAUCUUGAA